GUAAAGUGUCAUGCGUAAACGUCAAAACUUCGGAAGUGAUUUGUGAAUUAUCACCACGAAAUUGAUAGUUAAAAUUACAAAUUAAAGUAAAAGAUGUCGGUGGCCAAAGUGACUAAAGAUCAAAACAAGUCCGAGCCGGUAGCGUACAGCGAUGCUGCGUUAAGGAACAAUGCUGUGGUCGUGGAAUAUUGUAGAACUUCUAUGGCUGCACUGUCGGGCUCCACUGCAGGUGUCCUAGGCCUCACAGGACUCUACGGGUUUGCUUUCUACGUGUUUGCAGUCGUCAGCCUCUGGGUGAUGUUCAUGUUGAAGACUGGACCUAAUUGGAGCAAAUAUUAUGUGUCAAGACAGAGUCUACUAACACACGGAUUCUUCGGAGCGCUCUUCACUUACGUGUUAUUCUGGACUUUUAUUUACGGAAUGGUACAUGUAUAUUAGAGUUAAGUUAGUUUGUAAGUUUUAUAGAUGAAAUUGUGAGAGGUUUACUUUAUGUAUGAUAGAAGAAGAUGGACUGCAAUAUAGUCUUGUAUGUAAUUAUAAUGUGAAAGAUUGUAAGCAUGAGCAUACCCCUUUCUUUUAACGCUGGACUUAGUAACUGAUAGAGUACUGUAGGGGCAUUUGUAUGCUAACAAAACUUAAUAUGUAUUUAACGUAUCCUACUACUAAACAAAAUUAUUCAAAUUCAUUUAUUCAGUUAGAUAUCGAAGACAAAUGACCAAAAUAAUGUAUAUCAGACAGAAAGACAUUACUUAGACAAAAGUGUAUCAAGCUGAGUCAAGCAAUAGGCUAAAUAUUGUACUAGCUGUUCCAUACAGUUCAACCACAUCCUGAGGGACCUGGAUAAACAGUAACCUAUGCCCUUUCUUAAGCUGUGGUCUAUGUGUGUACCAAAAUUUCAUUUAAAUGGGUUCUGUAGUUUUGGCGUGAAAGCCAGAUAAAUAGAGUUACUUUCGCAUUUAAAUAUUAAAAGUAAGAAUUGCAGUAAACAUUUGUAUUUAUUCACUAUUUGUUAAAUAGGAAAAUACUGGCAUGUAAUGUAAAGAAUGGUUUUAUUUAUACAUACUGUAAGAAAUAUUAUAAUUGUUUUACUGAAUAAAAUGGUUAAUUAUGUAAA